GGUCUGAUUAAUUUGGGCUCGACUCCAGAGAUGACCAAGCUCCUCCCCUGUCUUAAGACUUGCGGCCCCUGUGCCUCUUACACGCCGGAAGCAUCUAGGCGUCUCCCAACACCCCGAGCUCCUCGCGCCGGGCCUCGCCCUUGUCCCACUGGCCCCACUCCCUCGGCCACCAGAAAAACAGCCUCAUCAUGUGUGGGGGAUUGAUGGAGAGGUAUAUGGCUGCCAUGGUGCUGAGUGCAGCUGGAGAUGCCUUGGGGUACUUCAACGGGAAGUGGGAGUUCCUGCAGAAUGGGGAGAAGAUUCACCAGCAGCUGGCCCAGCUUGGUGGCUUGGAUGCCGUAGAUGUGGAGAAGUGGAGAGUCAGCGAUGACACAGUGAUGCACCUGGCCACGGCAGAAGCUCUUGUGGAAGCUGGGAAAGUCUUGGACUUGGCUCGACUGUAUUCCCUCUUUGCAAGGCAUUACCAAGACUGCAUGGGAGACAUGAAUGGCCGGGCGCCAGGUGGGACAUCAGUGCACAACGCCAUGCUGCUGGAGCCAGACAAAGCCGAUGGCUGGAGGAUUCCCUUUAACAGCCAUGAGGGCGGCUGUGGGGCUGCCAUGCGGGCCAUGUGCAUUGGUCUCAGGUUCCCUCACCUCAGCCAGCUGGACACACUGAUCCAGGUUAGCAUUGAGAGUGGCCGAAUGACUCACCACCACCCCACAGGCUACCUGGGAGCCCUUGUGUCUGCUCUUUUUACAUCCUAUGCUGUGAAUGGCAAGCCUCCCUGGCAAUGGGGAAAAGGACUGAUGGAGGUGUUACCAGAAGCUAAAAAGUACAUUGUCCAGUCAGGCUACUUUGUGGAGAAGAAUCUUCAACACUGGUCCUACUUCCAAGACCAAUGGGAAAAGUACCUAAAACUUAGAGGAAUUUUAGAUGGCAAAUCGGCCCCUACCUUCCCCAACCCCUAUGAUGUGAAGGAGAGAGAUCAGUUCUACACCUCUGUGAGCUACUCUGGCUGGGGUGGCAGCAGUGGACAUGAUGCCCCCAUGAUUGCCUACGAUGCCAUCCUGGCCGCAGGAGAUUCCUGGAAGGAGCUUGCCCACCGAGCAUUUUUCCAUGGUGGAGACAGUGAUUCUACAGCUGCCAUUGCUGGCUGCUGGUGGGGAGUUAUGUAUGGUUUUAAAGGAGUGAGUCCCUCCAAUUAUGAGAAAGUAGAAUACAGAAACCGCCUGGAAGAGACAGCUAGGAUUUUAUAUUCUCUUGGGUCAAAGGAAGAUACUGUAAUUGACGUUUAGGGAAACAUGAUGUUCAUUUCUGGUGGUUUCUUCUCUUAUGUAGUUCCUUUUCUGCUCAGUUUCUUUUCACUUUUUCCAAAAUGAACAUGAGAGUGCAGAUAUC